AUGCAUAACCCCACAUCGCCACGUCUACCAGGCGUUCCCGUCCUACGUUUAGACGCCACUGGUGCCGAGUACUCGCGCUGGCGACGCAGCCUCAAGUUUGCUUUGGAAGCCAAGGGAACAUGGAAACAUUGCAAUGGCGAGGCCACAAUGCCCAUGCCAGAUGCAGGCUCACGAGAGACAGCAAGCACCACACAGCCAAGUCUGCUCGAAGAACGAAGAGCCUGGGUACGACAGGAUCGCGAAGUCAAGCUAGACAUCUACCUCUGCCUGACGGAAGAAGUCAUGCUGGAAGUCUUUGAAGUAGGCCCACCUCUACCACCGUCCCAUCUGUCCGCACUGGAAAUAGUCGAAUCGCUAGAUGAGCACUUUACCUCGUUCAAGUUUGAGGAUUACCACCAUGCAUUCUGCCACUUUUUAAACCUCCACAUCGACCAGUACGCAACCAUCAUCGAAUUCAACUAUGAAUUCUGGACCACCCUCGAAGACCUCGUGGAUCACGGCCAUCCACUAUCAAACACACAGGCCUGCAGCGCCUACUUUUCCAAAUUGAGAUGCACGCAAAACCCCUGGGUCGCGAAGAUGCUGCAGCAGUGGGACUUGCAGAGUGGCGAGCCACAGCUCCUGGAAUUGAUGCGAGAAUCACUUCGUUGGAAUGCUAUUCGUCCCAUAUCAUACUAUUCGUCUCAUAACCAAAUCGCCGCGUCUAUCCCGGACGAGACAUAUUGCAGUGACUCGGCACGCUCCAGUCUCGAGGCCGCGGUGAAAAACCCGUACACAUCCGUCACAUCAUCGCCUACCCCUUACCAUUUGAGCAACACACUGGAAGAUGCAACGAUUUCCAUCGGACUCUGCCUCACCGACUCUACCCCUAGCUUUCCAGAUCCAGAUUCCCCAACCAUCCCCAACGACCCACCACCACACUCCCCCCCAACCCCUAUCCACCACCUACCCGCAAACCCACCAAACCCCCGCCUAGAAACCCGCCUCCCCACUCUCCAAACAACCCCACACCUCCCCGAAUCCCUGCGUUCAAAAUCCGCCUCACCCAGACUGCCAAGCACAAGCGUCGGAUACACUGUCUUCCCACACAGUUCACACGAUGCGGGUGCAUGUGAUACCUCUCUCCCCGACACCAUGGCUUCGAGCACGACACCGCCGAUGCUCAAGCGCGUCGUGUCGCUCAAGACAAUGCCAUCACAGCUCAAGGGGCCGCUGGGUCGAGCACCACCGCCACUGUCUGAACAUCCUGCGUUUCGUACAGGAGCGGGGGUAUCGGGAGGGGAGGAUGCUGUAGAUGACACGGGGGGUCGUUUUGCACGGGAUUCUUGUGCAAUGUUGACGCCUGGGCCGGUGUCUGCUGGUUUGAGUACGCCGGUGGAGGGGGAUGAUGGUGCAUCGAUGUCAUCAUCAUCAUCGUCCUCGACCUCGACCUCAUCCUCAUCAUACCCCAAACACCCACAGCCCCGGAUCACAAACCCCCUACAGCGCCGCCACUCAUCAUGCACAGACAUCUCCAGCACCAAACAACCCACGCCCAUCCUCCUCCAACAUCAACACCCACCACCACCAUCCCCCACCUCAACCCCAACAACAACCACCCCUUACCUCCCCGUCUCCACCUGGAGCGCAAACAGCAGCACCCUCAGCCUCCCCCUCCAAGGCACCCCCACCCCAGAACCCAUGACCGCCUUACCACGCAUACCAGCGGCGCCAAAGUGGAAAACGUUUGGGGGUACAGAGGGGGGUGGGACGGUGGCGAUGGCGAUGGCGCUUGCGCGGAAGAAGGAGAAGGAGAAGGCAAGGGAGAGGGAAAAGGAAAGGGAGGAAGUGCAAGGCAAGAGCAAGAAAAUGGGUUUACAAGGGGGUGCGGUUAAAGCAAGUGAGGUGCAGAGGAAGAGGGCGUGGAGUAUGGGCAUGAAGUUUUCAAGAUUCAGUCAUUCCAGGGGGGUUAGGGAGAUGAUUUAG